AUGACUAUCGACCCACCAGAGCUUCUCGAGAAGCUGAAGAUCAGUGAUGCCGGUGCAAAUGAAGCCCACAUUCCUGAUUCCGCAGCAAACGGGACUACAAAUGAAGCAGCAGACUCAGAAGACGAUGUCACCGAAGACACCCCCGCAGUAGCUACUGAAGGCGGCGCCAAGAAAAAGAAGAACAAAAAGAGGAAGCCUAAGAAGAAGCAGCCGAAGGUGCAGACCGAUCCGCCAUCUAUUCCCAUCUCGCAGUUAUUCCCAAACAACACCUAUCCCAAGGGCGAAGAGGUCGAAUACAAGGACGACAACCGAUAUCGCACGACCGACGAGGAGAAACGCCACCUCGACAACCUUAAUAGUGAUUUCCUCUCUGACUACCGCCAAGCAGCUGAGGCCCAUCGUCAAGUCCGUCAGUGGGCACAGAAAAACAUCAAACCAGGCCAAAGCCUACUCGAUAUCGCCAACGGUAUCGAGGAUAGUGCACGACGUCUAGUAGGACAUGAUGGUUUGACCGAAGGCGAUUCGCUAAUCGCCGGUAUGGGAUUCCCCACCGGUUUGAACAUCGACAAUAUCGUCGCCCACUACAGCCCAAACGCCGGCUGCAAGACCGUGCUUGCGCAAAACAAUGUGCUCAAAGUCGAUAUUGGCAUUCAUGUAGGCGGUCGGAUUGUGGAUAGUGCUUUCACAAUGGCAUUCGAUCCUACAUAUGAUAACCUACUCGAGGCCGUUAAGGACGCAACGAAUACCGGUGUGCGCGAAGCUGGUAUCGACGUCCGCGUCGGGGAGUUAGGUGGCUAUAUCCAGGAAGCGAUGGAGAGUUACGAGUGUGAGAUCAACGGCACUACUUACCCGAUCAAGGCGAUUCGUAACUUGAGCGGCCAUACAAUUCUCCCGUACUCGAUUCACGGCACCAAGAAUGUUCCCUUCGUCAAGACGGAUGAUAUGACGAAGAUGGAAGAGGGCGACGUCUUCGCUAUCGAAACCUUCGGUAGUACCGGUAGCGGCCGAUUCAUCGAAGCAGGCGAAGUUUCGCACUACGCCAUGCGCGAUAAGACCGUGAAUCCCAAAAGUUUGACUUUGACUUCUGCCAAGAAUGUCUUGGGGGCUAUCAAGAAGAACUUUAGCACAAUUCCGUUCUGUCGACGCUAUUUGGAUAGGAUUGGGCAAGAAAAGUAUCUUCUCGGGCUAAAUCACCUGGUGAAGUCCGGAAUUGUGGAAGAUUAUCCUCCUUUGGUUGAGAAACAAGGGACUUACACGGCUCAAUUUGAACAUACUAUUUUGCUUCGACCAAACGUCAAAGAGGUCAUUAGUCGUGGCGAUGACUUCUGA